CUUUCAUCUUCAUCAACAGUUGAAAAGUUCCCAAGAGCCAAAUCGCUUUCUCAUCCCUCAGAUUCUGAAGAAGCACACAAAGAACAGAAAGAUGUGCUUCAGAUCAACCAGCUGUGUUAUGCACUCGGUGCUUUUGCAGAAACAAACUGAAAAACCCUAGAAAACAACAUUUGAUCGAAAUUAAGCGAACGCUAAGAAUUGGUCUGUAAGUUUGUUCCUUGCAUUGUUUUUUCUGGCUAAUUUUAUUACAUUCAGUUAUGAUUAGUUUACUAUACACUAAAUCACCACAGUUGCUAUCUCCUCUUUUGAGAAAUUUUUGUGAUUUAAGUACCCUUUUGCCGUUUCUUGAAUGUACACCAGUUAUUAGUACCAGAUCUUUGUCAUCAAGCGUUAGUAAUCAGAAACAACUGAAAGAAACCUCUUUUACAGUGUCAUACCUAAUAAAUUCAUGUGGGUUGUCACCGGAAGCUGCUAAUUCUGCUUCAAAGCAAGUGAAAAAUGUAACCCUAGAAACCGCAGAUUCUGUCCUUGCUCUUCUCGAGAAACACGGUUUCUCCAGUUCCCAAAUAACCAAAUCUGUUAAAUUACAACCACGGAUUCUUUUGUGUGAUUCUGAGAAAACUAUUUUUCCUAAGCUUAAGUUUUUCUCUUCUGUUGGAAUCACUGGCCCAAACCUUACAAGAUUCAUAUCCUCAAACCCAUCAAUAUUAAUCUAUAGCUUAAGGAAUCGAAUUAUUCCUGGUUAUAAAUUCCUCGAGAGUGCUUUGCUAUUUGAUGAUGACAUGGUCAUUAAAGCUAUGAGUAAUCAAUCAAGAAUUUUUGUACAGGAUGUUGAAAAGAUUAGUGCUCCUAAUUUAUUGUUCUUGAGACAAAUUGGAAUGCCACAAUCUUUAAUCAAGCAGAUCUUCGUACAUCGUCCUAGUUUGCUGUGCCACAAAGCUGAUAAGUUCCGCGAUAAGAUCAAAGAGCUUAUUGAUAUGGGGUUCGACCCUACAGAAAUGAAGUUUAUCCCUGCUCUUCAUGCAAUUAUCAAUUACUCUGAAUCAAAUUGGCAGCGCAAGAUUCAGGUUUAUAGAAGAUGUGGUUGGUCUAAAUAUGAGAUCUUGUCAGUUUUCAAAAAAUAUCCUCAAUGCAUGACCCUUUCGGAGAAGAAAAUAAUUGGUAUUAUGGAUUUUCUUGUUAAUGUGAUGGAUAUGAAGCCUUCAGAAAUAGCUGGAACUUCUUGCAAUUUUAGUUACAGUUUGAAGAAGAGAAUAAUUCCUAGGGGUUUAGUUAUUAAAAUUUUGAAGUCGAAAGGUGCAUUGGAGAAGAAUAUCAGUCUCUCUUCUGUGAUGGUAGUAACUGACAAAUGCUUCUUAGAAAGGUAUAUGGACAAACACAGGGAGCACAUUCCUUAUUUGCAGGAUGUCUUUGAAGGUAGGAUGUGUCCUCAAGAACUAGGCUUUCAACCUAAAAAUGUUUUGGGGCUCUAACAUGUUAUUUGUCAUAUACAUUCUCUUAUAGCUUAAACAGCAAAGAAUUGGUGAACUGAUGAAGCUUGGUGUAUAGCAAGAGAAGUUUUGGGACCUGUUUCUACUGGGAAAUGUCAAGAAGAUUCUUGUUAAGUUGUUAGGAAUCUUGACAUUUUUCUUUUGGUUUUCUUUUUAUUAACUUUCCUACUGUUAGACUGAGUUUACUGCUGCUAGCAGGUUUGUAAUUCUAUCAUCUAAUUAACUUUAUGCAAAAUUAAUUGAAAUUUAUUAAUUUAUAUUACUGUUGGUAAA